UGACAAAUCAAAUCACAUCCUCCGCACACACGCGAUUUCGGCACAAAUCCGCCUGCCAAUUCACCCAAAAAAUAUUUUUUUUGCUUAUUACUUCCUUUGAGAACUCUAUAUAGACACCAUCUGCAUUUUUUUCAUUAGAGGAAAAGACGAACCAAAAUUCUAAUUUCUAUCUGAAAAGUGAAAACAAACCUCAAAUAUUUUUGUAUCCUUCCCUUUUGCGAUUUUUUCACCCAGCUUUUAUAAAUCACACGAUCUCAGUGUUUCUUUAUCCUGAAAAAAAAAAAAAAAAGAGAAAAAUUUUAAAAAUGGAGAGAUUUUUUUUUUAUUUUUUCCCGGGAAAUUGAAAUUCAUCAUUCAGUUUGAAGUCUUUUUUCUUCCACGUUUUGUAUAAUUUUGUUUUUUCCAUUUAGAAGGGCGAUCACGAAGUUAGUUAUCUCAGAGAAAACAUAAACUCGUUUCCUCAGAUUUUCAGUUAAAGAGGCGGAGGUGAUUUUCUCCUGAUUUAGAUUUUUAGAGCUUUUUUAAAUAUACUCUCAGUUUCCACCAGAUCUUAAUCAGUUGUUUCACAACCAUCUUUACAAUCAGGUUCACAACUUAUGAUGGCCUCUAAUUAGAAGGAGUUAUUUAUGUGUAGAAAAGGUUACUGAGAUGUGGAGGUAACUCAACUUUUAUUCCAUCUUGGUGACUGCAGUAUGGUUAGUAGAAAGACGAAUGAGAGCAUGAGACUUAUUGUUGCAACAUUUGUUGGAGUAGUUUUUGGCUUCUUCAUUGGAGUAUCUUUCCCAACUUUCUCAUUAACAAAGCUUAAUCUAUCAUCCAGCACUCUUACUACCACUGAUUUCAAAUAUACCAAGCACACAAAGUUAAGCCCUUCAAGCUCAACUCAUGUGCAGCAUCCAAUUGGUAAUAAUGGAACCUCUGCCAAUGUCACAUUGAAGAAGAUUUGGGUCUCAUCAAAUCCUCGAGGCGCAGAAAGACUACCACCAGGAAUUGUUAGAGCUGAGUCCGACUUAUACUUACGCAGAUUGUGGGGCAAACCUAGUGAGGACUUGACCAGCACGCCAAAGUAUCUUGUCACAUUUACUGUUGGUUAUGAUCAACGAAAGAACAUUGAUGCUGCAGUUAAAAAGUUUUCAGGGAAUUUUACUAUCCUUCUCUUUCAUUAUGAUGGUCGAACAACUGAAUGGGACGAGUUUGAGUGGUCAAAGCAGGCAAUACAUGUGAGUGUUCGGAGGCAGACUAAAUGGUGGUAUGCCAAGCGGUUUUUGCACCCUGACAUUGUGGCACCCUAUGACUACAUAUUUAUCUGGGAUGAGGACUUGGGGGUUGAGCAUUUCAAGGCAGAAAAAUACAUUAAAUUGGUGAGGAAGCAUGGACUGGAGAUUUCACAGCCUGGUCUGGAACCAAAUAAAACGUUAACCUGGCAAAUGACAAGGAGAAGACGUGAUCUCGAAGUUCACAAAGAAACAGAGGAGAAACCAGGCCGGUGUAAUCAUCCACAUCUUCCUCCUUGUGCAGCGUUUGUUGAGAUAAUGGCUCCUGUGUUCUCACGAGAUGCAUGGCGGUGUGUAUGGCAUAUGAUUCAGAAUGACUUGGUCCAUGGCUGGGGUCUUGAUUUUGCCCUCAGAAAAUGUGUUGAGCCCGCCCAUGAGAGGAUCGGCGUUAUAGAUUCUCAGUGGAUUGUUCAUCAAUCUGUUCCGUCUCUUAGGAACCAGGGAGAGGCACAAGACGGGAAGACAGCAUGGCAAGGGGUAAGGGAGAGAUGUAAAAAGGAAUGGAUUAUAUUUCAAAAGCGGUUGUCAAGGGCGGAAAGAGCAUACUUCAAGCAGGUAAAUUCAACAUCCCAUUAAGAGAACAGCAAAUACUAGUAAGCUUGACCGUAUACAUUCAUUUCUAGUACACUUAGAAUUUUGUUUUCUUAUUCACAUAAAAUUUGUAGAACCCAUCAUUAUAUUUGUAACCAUUGUUAAUAAUCACAACUUUUUGGUCCUCAAAUGACAAUAAUACUUAAUUCCAUGGCCUACAUUUGCAAGGCUGGUUUUGUCUCUGGUCUUUCAUAUCAA